CUCUUCCGGUCGUUCGGCUCCGCACGCGCUGCUCCCGCCACCGGCCCCGGCACCAUGAAACCCAUCUUGUUGCAAGGUCAUGAAAGAUCAAUCACGCAGAUUAAGUACAACAGAGAAGGUGAUCUGUUGUUCUCCUGUGCUAAGGAUACUAUCGUCAAUGGCUGGUACUCUCUGAAUGGCGAAAGACUUGGCACCUACAAUGGACACACUGGAGCAGUGUGGUGUGUGGAUGUGGAUUGGGACACAAAGCAAGUGCUUUCUGGUUCUGCAGAUAACUCAUGUAGGCUUUGGGACUGUGAAACAGGGAAACAGCUCGCUCUGUUUGAAACAAGCUCUGCAGUCAGAACAUGCGGAUUUGAUUUCAGUGGCAACAUUGUCAUGUUCACAACGGACAAACAGAUGGGAUACCAUUGUUACAUAAGUUUCUUUGACAUCCGGGACCCUGCUCAGAUAAGUGAUAAUGAGCCGUACAUGAAGGUUCCAUGCAGUGAGUCGAAGAUAACCAGUGCCGUUUGGGGUCCUCUGGGAGAGUACGUCAUUGCUGGGCAUGAGAAUGGCGAAUUAAUCCAGUACAGUGCCAAGUCUGGGGAAGUGUUAGUGAAAGCUAAAGAGCACACCAAGCAAAUUAAUGACAUCCAGACAUCCCUGGAUCUGACCAUGUUCAUCACUGCCUCAAAGGACAACACUGCGAAGUUAUUUGAUUCUGCAACUUUAGAACAUUUGAAGUCAUUCAAAACUGAACGUCCUGUGAAUUCUGCUGCCAUCUCACCUAUUCUGGAGCAUGUUGUCCUUGGUGGUGGGCAGGAAGCUAUGGAUGUGACAACCACCUCAACCAGAAUUGGAAAAUUUGAGGCCAGGUUUUUCCAUUUGUCAUUUGAAGAAGAGUUUGGUCGAGUGAAGGGUCACUUUGGACCGAUCAACAGUGUAGCUUUCCACCCAGACGGCAAAAGUUACAGUAGCGGAGGUGAAGAUGGUUACGUGCGAAUACAUAAUUUCGAUCCACCGUACUUUGAAUUUGAGUUUGAGUUUUAAAGUGAAAUUUGACAUGGUGAUUGUUAAUUGUAUCUAAAUGAAUACAGAAGAUUGUGGAAUAACUUUUAUGCUUUCUCAACAACCACUGAGGUGUAAAUGUAUAAUAUUUGCCCCCGUGCAGUUGGAAUAGAUAUUCUACAGUGAAACAUUUGUAGAGGAUGUUAUUAAACCUCGUGAUUGC